GCUUUCACAAAUGUUAAGUUCCCAUUAUUUUGUACACACAAUUAGAAAUGUUUUGAAUUACGUAGAAAAAUGAGUGAAAAUAUUAAAGUUGUAGUUCGCUGUCGUCCUAUGAACAGAAGUGAAAAUGAAAACAAGUGUGAAAACAUUGUUGAAAUAAAUGAGUAUGCAGUUUCCGUGACAAAUCCUUCGGCUCGCCUCGCUCCAAAAAAAAUGUUCAUAUUUGAUAGUGCUUAUGAUAUGAUUACGAAAACUGAUGUGAUUUAUAACGAAAUGUGCUAUUCAUUAGUAGAGAGCACUAUCGAGGGAUAUAAUGGAACCAUUUUUGCUUACGGCCAGACAGGAUGUGGAAAAACACACACAAUGCAGGUACUAGGCAACGAAAAUUUAAGCAGCGGCAGUGGAAUAAUUCCUAAGUGUUUUGAUCACAUAUUCGAGACAAUAUCAAUGGCAAAUAAUGUCAGAUAUUUGGCCCUCGUAAGCUAUUUGGAAAUUUACAAUGAAAAUAUUCGAGACUUGCUCAAUACAAAUGAAAGUACGAGCAUGAUAAAUCAUUCUCUUAAAGAAAUUCCAGGUAUUGGUGUUUCAGUUCCCACGCUGACCACGCAUCCCGUUAUUAGUGCAAACCAAUGUUACGAUUGGUUAAACUUGGGAAAUAAAAACCGUGUUACAGCAGCGACGUUAAUGAAUGAAAAAAGCUCCCGUUCGCACACUAUAUUUACUAUUACUUUGGAACAAUCUCCAUUUUUUAAUAGUAUUGCGACAGAGAAUGACUUAGGAGGAAUACGCCGAGGAAAAUUAAGCUUAGUUGACCUAGCAGGUUCAGAGAGACAGCGUAAAACUGGAGCUCAAGGAGAUCGACUUAAGGAAGCGUCUAAAAUUAAUUUAUCACUUUCUGCCUUGGGAAACGUAAUUUCAUCUUUGGUUGAUGGUAAAGCAAAGCAUGUACCGUUCAGAGACUCAAAACUUACACGUCUGCUCCAGGAUUCCUUAGGAGGCAAUACAAAAACUUUAAUGAUAUCCUGUAUUUCACCAUCAGACAUAAGUUAUGACGAAACUAUAUCUACACUCAGAUAUGCAAGCAGAGCAAAGAAUAUUUCAAACAGACCCAUAAUCAAUGAAGAUCCUAAAGAUGCAAAGCUUCGUCAGUACCAAAAUGAAAUAUUAAAUUUGAAAAGAAUGCUUGAAGAGACUCAACAAAAAAUGCUUUACAGAAAUGAUGAAAAAAUAAAAUUAGUUGAGUUACCUAUGGCAAUUUUAAAUGUUCCAAAUCUUAAUUCAAGGAAAGAGGAUCAAAUAUCUGAAUCAGGUGAAGAUCACGAUGUACCGCUAAAAACCAUAAACUCAAUAUCAAUAAAGCCAAGUCACUCCUCUAUUCAAUCAAAGGAAGAAAUGCAAUUGCAAGCCCGAAGUCGCAUCGACUUCAUUAAACGCACUUUAGUUGGAGGUGAACGUGUUGAUGACUUCAAACUAAAAGAACAGCACAAAGCUAGAAAAUUUGCAGCACAACGUCACUUAAGUGCUAUCGCCUAUGCAUUAAGCAGAGUUAAAUGUGAGGAUCGUGACCUCUUGCAGGGACAUUAUGCUACUAUUACCCAAGAAAUAAAUAUAAAAAAUAAUCACAUUAAAAACUGUAAAGAAAAAAUAAAAAUGCUUGAAAUGGAAGUUUCCGAUUUAAGUUCAGAGUUUCAGCUGGAUAGAGAGGAUUAUUUAGACGAAAUUCGAAAUCUCGGCCGUCAUAUAAAGUUUUAUCAACAAUUGGUUUAUAAAUUGAAUCCGAGUUUUCCCAAAAAUGGCAAAAACUGGACCCCGGAUAUUUUAUUGCGAAAUUCUUCAUGGAAUGAUGAACUUAAGAUUUGGAGGAUUCCAGAGAUAGAUUCAUUUAAACUUCCCCCGGCUACUCCAAAAUCAGGAUUUCAUCGUAUUCAUAGUUCAACUAUCGAUAGUAAUAAUGUAAAACAUAUAAACUUUAAAAUCAACAGAGAUGCUAAGGUAACGGAAAAAUAUAUCAAUUAUAAAAAUAAUUUGAGGAGCAAUAAAUGACCAAUCACGCUGUACUCGGAUGCCACCUGUAGCUUUGCACCAGCGCAAGGAAGUCCAUUUUCUGUCCUCGAUAGAUGCGAACUUGCCUAGCUCGGCAUCCUGGUCAGCCGUUUGACUUUGUGUAGUUCAGUGUGUGUAGUCCAGCCACCGAAAGGCACUUUACAGUGUUCAAGAAGUAAAUAAAUGAGAAUUAGACAAACAUCAAGUAAAUACAAAUGAACAUGACCUACUACCAUUUGGAAAACAAAAUAAACAACAAAUGUUUCACUUUUGUAUAAAAACUUUUCGUUGAAUGUUAGAGUGACCGCUGCAAUUCAGUCAAAAACUAUCUUUAAGACCAUACUAAAUAAUAUUAAUACACAAAAAAUACGAAGGCACAGUCAUACUUUUUUUUCGAAGACUUUUCAAUGUUACGUUUGGUAUGAAAAACAUAUCAAAUUUAUUCGAAUUCAUAUCAAUAUGAUAUAUAAUCAUACCAAUUGAUAUGAUUUCGUAUCUAUUUGAAAUGUGAAACACAAAAAUAACGAUUAUAUUAACGGUAAUAUAUUAUAAAUUAUAAAAAUCACAAAUUUUAAAAUUAUGAUGAAAAUGGAUAGGCAAUCCAAAGAGAAUCACAAUGGUAUUUUCCUUUUCCGCGUGUGUCUGGUUGAUUUUUUGAUUAAAAAAACAGAUCAAUAAUCAUUAUUUACAGUCCCUGGAAAAAAUGUUUCUAUAUUUAAGUACAGGAUACAGGAUACAGUAACCAAGUGGUCUUGGCAUUGCUAACGGAUAUAUAUAUAUAUAUAUUGAUUUCAAUGAUAUUACAAUUUCUCAUAUUAUUUUAAUAUCAUAAUAAUUGAUAUUUAAUACAAAAAUGUCUGAUAUCGUCGCAAAUUUUGAAAUCAGAUCAAUAUGAAUAUCGACUUACAAUUAAUCUAAGUUUAAAAAAAGGGAUGCUUAAAAUGAACAACGUAACUAUUACAAAAUAUUAUAUAUAGCGUUAUUGAGGAUUUCAGUGGCGGAUCCUGGAUUUGCAAACUUGCAAACUUUUUGAAGAUGUAUCCUCCCAAACAGAUUUACUUUCCGGUUGGCUUAUUGUAUUUUUUCUUCCUAUCCUUCCUAUGUUAGCUAUAUGACGGACUUUUAUCAAAUUUAACAUGUAAUUCUGAAAUGUUAAAAAGUGACAUAUACCGGAGUAAAAGAGAAUAUGAUCAAAAAUACUGAAGCUGUAGUUAUAUUGCUAUUAUUUCGUUAUAUUUCGCUUUCAGUAAACAUAACAUAUACGGUAGUAAAUUAAAAUGGAACAUUAACUUAAGAUUUCUUCAAUUAUUUUUAUUUUUCUAAAAUUCGGAAAGCUUUGUAUAUACAAUGCUCCCAUGGGAACGACCUGGGAGCGACAUGGGUGUAGAAACAUCGGCUUACCGAAGUUGGCUUCCUUUCUCGUUAUUUUUUUUUUGCUUCCUUUCGGGAAGCCUUAUUUAUAAUAUAGAAUUUAAAGAAUUUCGAAGGGCAAUUCAAAGUGAAUCUCACACACUAACUUGGAAAACCUAUAUUUUUUAAAGUAUUAAUCCGAUCGAUUUGACAUUUUAUGCAGACAUAAAGAAAUACAACAAACACUUUAUUUUAAAAGUGAAAGCCCUUACUUUCCCAUUAAAUGUUUUCAAGUUCCCUAAACUUUAAAAUCAGGGUGUAAAGUAAAAACUUGAUUACAAAACUUGAUUACUACUUAAUUCUAUGACAACUGAAAGUGAGAAAAGUCCAGCCUUUCUAGAAGAAAUUACUCAUCGCAAAUCUAGAAAAACCAAGAAACAACCAUCAAUAAAUUUUGUCCAGCUAUACGCUCCCCGUCUUCUGGUUAAUGAAUUGUGAGAAAGACCGGUACUUAAAAAACCUUGGCAUGGUGAAAUGUACAUGUUUAUGAUAAAAAUUGUGAGUAUGCUCGGCUUUAAUAGCAGUGCAGAGAAGGUUGGAGUUUAUGGAUAUUUGAGAGUGCAGAAUUUGCUGUUUUAUAUGUAUAGCCACGCCGUUUUGCCGAAGUAUUAUGAGGAAAGUUCUUAAAGUACCCUUUACUUAUUUUAAGUUUGACAACAUAUAGGAAAAGAUAAUAAACCAAAAAAAGGUUUUAUUGCUGUAACAAAGCAAAUAAAAUAUAAAUAUAACCGAAAUUAAAACUUACAGAGGACAUGAGAGAGUUCGAGAAUGAGUCGGUGACUUGAUCAAGAAUAAUUAUACUUUUUACUCUACGAGUAGCGGGUAUUAAAACGACAAGUGUGCCAUUAAGGCGUAUUUGUUUUAAAUAUGGUAAACAGAGUAACGGGUUUCUUCCUUGUUUUUCGUUAGCUAUAUAAUUUUAAUUUUGCCUUUUUGUUUAAAUAUUUUUUUUUUAAUAAACUAAAUUUUAAAUACGAUAUAUAUUAUAAAUAAAAUACUUACUCUUUCCUUUAAGGAGAAAAAUGAAAACACUUCUAAAGAAAAAUUCAACAUCGAUGUACAAAAGAACUAUUUUAGAACCAGUCGACAAAAAUAUAAAGAGUUUGGAGAAUUUGGUAACACAUUACAGCGAUUUAAAGGCGUAUAUGAUACAACUGGUAGCUAAAGAAUUAAUUUAAUAUGCAUAUAUAUAUGUAUAUAAUAUGGUUAAUAAACGUAUUAAAAUGUU